UGAAGUGAGAGAUUGUAUUUUUUUGGUGCGUAUUAUAUGGGGAUUUCCUGAUAUUCGGGAGGAUGCUAGCAUAUGUGAACGAUUUGAAAUACAUAAAAGCAAUAUAUUCUACGAUUGCAAUGCCAGCCCAAAUACAAGUCCUCGACUUUGGCGAUGGAUCGGCUCCCAUCCAUUUGGACUAUCCUGAUGCCACGGUCUUCAAAAACUGUAAUAGCUACGGAGAUCGUGUUCUGGGUUGCCAUUGGAACGAAAUUACCGUGCACCAUGGCGGUCAGUUGUUUUACUUGGCGCAUCCGCAACAAAUGAUCUUGGAGGCUUUAUACCAGGCGGUAGAUGGAGCAGACUUUUUUCCAGUGUUCUACCAGCGAGGAAAAAAGGCUGAUACUCUUUUAGCUAGAAACUGCAAGGCGGCCAUUGACAAUCUCUUCAAUCAGCGAUUGACCAUCAGUCUGGAUAGCGGUGCCUCUAUUCCGAUUAGUGUCCAACUGGGUGUAGCCCAGUACAAGAUGAACCAAAUAUCGCCUUUGUUCCUCAUAGCCCGGGUAGUAACAAGGUUGAUGAAAAGUCUUGUCCAAAAGGACGGCGUGGACGGCCUGCUCGACUUAAACAAUUUCGGUGCCCAUUCAGAGUUCAAGAACAUCGUGGUAAGCCUAGGGAAUGUGAGCAUACUGAGGAACGUGUGCCAGGUGAUACACAACAACGAUACAGAACGCUUCCGGUUGAAUGGAUUCAUAUUGUCUAACAACAGCAUCCGAAAUAUUAGACCCUUGACUCUUUUCGCCAAUGUUGAUUACGCCUUACUCGACUUAAGGGGCAACAAGAUAAAAUCCGCCGAACGAUUGUGUCGCGCUCUGGAACAAUUCCGGGCCAGAGAACUCCUCUUGGCGAAUAAUCCUAUAGUUAAAAGUAGUCACUUUCCGGGUAACAUAAGGUUGUUGGAGAACAACUUCAAGUUGGUGGAUGGAAAACCUUUUAAUAUGCUUCACAAGACCUUUUCACCGCUGGAUGGAGAAAUCGAUUUGGAGACUGACGGAUCGCGUCUCGACUUAAAUACGAAGUGGAAAGUGCCCGAGUUUGAAAACAGCCAGGACUGGCAUGCUUUUAUUAUACCCGAUCCCAAUCACGAAUUCAGCCAGGAGGUGUUCUUUGACUUUUUCUUUAUAAGUCUGGAUCCGUCUCUAAGUGAGUUUUAUCCCUGCUACUACAAGUAUAUAGGAACGGAUCAUGUUUUUCUCAUACGCAAUUGUUUCGACCAGAUUGCACACCUGGUGAAUAAUUGCAACCUGGAGAUGAGUAUACCGAACGACGGACGGAAGUUUCACUACUAUUUAAGGAUGAACGUGUGCACCUUUAAACAGCAUCAUGUUGAUCCAGAGAAGUGCAUAAGGAUAGCUGUCAAGCAAUGCUAUUUGCCUCAGAACAGAUUGCUCAAUCUUGAACAUUUUCAGUCCAAUGAGAGUCUAAAAGACGUGGUGGUGUCAUUAAGCUCGCCAAAGAUUUUGACUCAAGUACUAUCGGUGGCGUCGAGGCAAUUCAUGACAACCUGCUCGGAGAUUCGAUUGUGCCGCAAUAAAAUCUUGUUUUUGGAAGGUGCUCGUGCCCUUCGGUUAAUGGGUUGUCUACGUGCCGUGGAUCUGAGUCACAAUUGGGUGCAUGACCUGUCGUCGAUCUCGUGUCUAGGCGAGCUGCCACUUAAAUCCCUCGUACUCCACGGAAAUCAACUUUGCCGUAACUACAGCCUUCCCAGCGAGUAUGUUCGGGCGGUCGUGCAGAUAUUUCCGCAAUUGACAACCUUAGAUGGCGUGGAUCUGCAGACGAGACCCGGACAGUCGGUUCAGAAGAAUUUCCUUUGUGACAUAGGUGCCUACGAGUUGGUAGGCGAGGUGUUUCUCAAAAACUAUCUACGGGAGUUUGAAAAUGAUGAGUUUCGAAUCAAUCUGUACAAGUAUUACUCUGAGGACUCGCUUUUCACCUUAACUUGUAACUACACUAUUGUCCAGAAUCACCAAACUCGCCAUAUGGUACAACGAAUAUCACAUUACAAGAGGCACUCGAGAAAUCUUCACGACAAGGAGAUAUCGAGAGCGUCUAGUAAUGUGUACGUUGGUUCCGAUGAGAUCGUUGAAAUGCUAUUGCAACUGCCAAGAGUCACCCAUGACUUCCACUCCCUUCAGACAGACGUAAUGCAUUACGAUGGAAAAAUGGCAGUAAUAUACGUGACUGGUUUGCUGCGCGAUGAGACUUCGCUCAAAAUGAACGGCCAGUCAAACAGAUCAUCCAUUGGCGAUGUCUACCUGGGUUUUAGUCGGCAUUUCGUGAUCAAGUUCGAGGAAGAGGGCCUGGGCUUAGGUAAAAGAGCUCGCCGCUUAAAAAUCACAAACGAACGUCUAAACAUUUUAAAUCCUUCAAAAAAUAUGAUUCGGAAAGCCUUCAGUGUAAGUUAUCCGGAUUCGAGUGAACGCCCGGUGGAAGAGGAUUCUCUGGAUGUGAAGGACCACAAACUACUUUUAUUUCAAGAGGUAACCGGGCUUACUUCCCCUUGGUGCACAUCGAUUGUUGAGCAAGCCGAGUGGGACUUUGAGAGAGCACUAAAGCUGUUCAUAAAAAAAAAUGCAGACCAUGAGAUCCCUGACUUAGCCUUUUCUUAGAGAAUAAUAAUAAUUUAUUAAAAAAAACAAAUACUUUUAGUAGAUAUUAAAAACGAUGAGCUCUUCUACUUAUUGCAGUUGUAGAAGGCAUUGUGAUGACUUAACAAAAUGAUAUUGAUCGGUGUUUAAAGUAAUUUCAAAACCUAAAACUAAAUUAACCCAUCAAAAUGCUUAUAUCUUUAAAAGAAAAACUAAUUGUAUAAGCGUAAGGAAAAUAUUGAGAACAAUAACGGUUUUGAUAAAUUGCAUGUGGACCUUAUUACUCUAAUCUUGAGUGCUAAAAUUAUUCCUUAAGUAGUUUUGCAUUUGUGAAACUAAAUGUUUAUUGAAAGGUUUGGUGAUUGUCCUUCUCUUGAAUUCUUCUAAAAUUGUUUGUUAAUAUGCUCUCAUGGCACCUCAAAGCAGAAACCGGUUUCUCUGUAUUUCAGUUCAAGAUUCUUAGUCGUAGGGAAGAUAUUUUCAUCUUUUAUCCUUACCACGUAGAAAUAUUAAAAAACAAACAAAUUUUAAAGUAAAGCCAUUAGUGAAACAAAUGUUCUAAAUCAAUUCAAUGUCGAAGUCCCAAUAAAACUUCCUUGGAUUACCAUUAAAAUGUAGUUUAGAUGGCCGAAAACAUUUAUUAGAUAAUUACGAGUUAUUUAUGGGCAAAAAGUUAUCUCUUUUCUGCACACGUAUGGGAGUUUUAUCGUAUAUGUAUCUCCGGUUUUUAAUAUUUAUCUGCGGAGGAAUGAGGUUUGGGCAGUGGGAAAUAAAUAAACAUCGAGAAAAUGCCAUCGCUUAAAUAUUUAAAUACUUUGUAGACUAGAAAAUGUUUCUAAAUACAUUUAGCAAAUGUUGUUGUUUUUGUAUAAUA